AUGGCGCGGGCGGCGCGGGUGCUGGCGCUGGCGCGGGCGGCGGAGCAAGCGGCGGGGCCGGGGCUGGGCCCGGGCUGUGCCCACCUGGUGCUGCUACCGCCCGCCGGCGGGGCCCGGCCCGGCCCGCAGGGUGCGCGCGGGGAGCCAGCGGAGGGCGGAGGCUGGGCCGGCGGCGGUAGCGCCCCAGUGGAACCGGGCUGGCCCGCAGCGGAAGGUGGAGGCCCCGGCCGGUGGCGGCGGGGGCCGGGCUGCCCCGCUGACUGGAGGGAGGCGGUGGCGGCCACGGCCGGUGCCUUGCAGGCGGGCGGGCUUGUGGCGGUGCCUACGGACACGGUGUACGGCGUGGCCUGCCUGGCGCAAGACUCGGCCGCCGUGCGCAGCAUCUACAGCCUGAAGGGGCGGAACGGCGCCAAGCCGCUCGCCAUCUGCCUCGGGGACGUGGAGCGGCUCUAUCGGUACUGCCACGUGAAUGUUCCCGACGAGCUGCUGCGGGACUUACUCCCGGGACCAGUGACGCUGGUGUUAGAGCGUUCAGAGGAGCUGAAUAAAGACUUGAAUCCGUUCACAUCGCUGGUUGGAGUUCGCAUUCCAGACCACCCCUUCAUGAGAGACCUGGCACGAGCCUGCUCGGGACCGCUGGCUCUGACGAGCGCCAACAUCAGCUCACGGGGCAGCACGCUGACCGUGUUGGAAUUCCAGGACUUGUGGCCUCAGCUGUCCUUGGUCAUUGAUGGAGGCCCCAUAGGAGACAUCCAGAGCCCAGAGUGUCGCUUGGGGUCAACUGUGGUUGACUUAUCUGUGUCGGGGAAAUUCUCCAUUAUCCGUCCUGGCUGUGCACUAACGCCCACAGUUGAAAUCCUGCAGAAGAAGUAUGGCUUGGUACCAGAAUCUUCCUAACCCUUGGGACUGGGAGCUGGUGGAGCUGGGCACCGUGUGCCUGUGCACUCAGGAGUGGGUGAUCAUGGCCUUGUUUAAUAAGGUCGAUGGGUUAUGUCAAGGUAAAUAAAAAAAUAUUCAAAAAGAAAGACAAGAAAACCCCUUUUGACCUCUUUGUGCUGCUGUACUGUUCCCAAACUGUCCGUUGUGUUAUCCUGGUCAGGCUUUGUGAAAUACAGUACAGUCCUGAUUAUUCAGAUGCCAAAGGGAAAGCUAAAUAAGCCUGGGUAACAGGUUUCAGAAAUUCAAGGGACUUGUCAGCAUAAUUAAUAGAAAUCAGGGGACAUGGCCAUGUUUUGGAUAAUAGAAAGUGCUGGACAACAGAGGCAGAUGACCUAGGGUUAUAUUACAAUACCAAAGCCUCAUUGUAGCUUCCACAGCUCUCAUAUUAAAAGACUUUCCUAGUAUCUGAUUACCAUCCAAAAAUGCACUCUGCCCUGUGUGCCCCCCCCGCCCCCACUUCUGAGUGCUCAUCCCGUGCCAUCUGCACUGGAAGGAAAGCAGACAUGGAGCAGAGGGGUUUGGAGCUUUGAUGGUUUUACAGCUGUGCUGUUCUCUGGCUGCUUUUCUCUGUUCUAAAUGUGAUCAAAACCUCCUGCUGAGAUGAAACUGUCAGUGCUUCUGAAAAUUCACAGCAUUCAGAUAGCCCAGGCUAGAGCUGCUCAGAGCAGCCUGCUUCCUCCUAAUGCAGAGAAUGAAAUAAGCUCUUGGUGUGAUGAUCUUCUUUUGUUUAAAUGUGAAUUCUCUCUUGGUUUUGCUCUGAAAUGGUGCUAAGCUGAAGUAAACAGGGAAUGGAUGAAAGUG